AUGGAGAGAACCAUAAGCACCACAACAGCAACAGGGACAGGAGAAGCAGGGGCCAGGAGAAGGAGGAAUCCAGGGCAGAGCGGCGUGGGCACCGGCAGAGAGAAGCAGAGCGGGAGCACCGCCGCAGAGAGGAAGACAAGAAGAGGCAUUCUCCUGAGGAUAGGUGGAGAGACAGGGACCGCGAAGAGGAACAACGAGCCAGAAGGCGCAGGAGCGAGGAGCGUGAAAGAGCAGGGCAGCACAGCGAGGCCGCGGGCAGCAGGCGCAGAGAUGGUGACAGCAGCAGAGGCAGAGGGGAGGACAGUGGGCGUGACAGGGACUCAGAUGCUCGGGAAAGUAGACACCUACGAUAUCGCUCGCCAGCCAGGCAUGCUCAUAGCGGCAGAUCCCACAGUGAGCUGCCCAGGCAGGAGCACCGGAGGGCAGACAGACGGCAUGACAGGGGCCCAGAGAAGCACUAUAGGACAGAUUGCCGGGGGCAGAGCCGUGGCGAGAGGCGCGCCAGUAGCCGCGACGGGCGCCAUAGCCGGGACAGAGAUCUCAGGGAGGCACGAGAGAGAUAGAGGCGGGCGGCUGUUGGAAGAAACAGCUGCAGGGCACACCGAGGGCGGAGUUGAGAGCUCGCACAGAUCUCGCCUGUCAAGGUCAGUUAAGGAGAUGGCAGAAGCCAAGGAGGCCCCCAGUACCCUUGAAUAUGAUGCCACCAUGGACUUCUUCAGCCCCCAGUUUGACGCUGCAAAGGCACUGUCCACUCCAGGCCUCCUGCCUCCAAAUCCCAAGGUACUGCCACUGGAUAAUAUAUCCAAGUGCAGGGCUAUCUUGCCGGCAGAGCUGCCAGAGUCGCGAGCUGCCAAGAUGGCAGUCAACCCAAAGCGGCGCAGAUCCCAGGCUGCCCAGGCAGCAUUGGAGCGCGCGAGAGCACGCACGGCGACAGUGCGCAGCCGCCAGGAAGCUGCGCUGGCCGCAGAGCGGCCGCCGGCGCUGCAGCGGGUUGCGGCCGCGGUCCCCGAGGGGCCGCUGUCGCUGCUGCGCAAGUGCUGCUUCCUGAGGGGCUUUGACAAGUACAUGAACCUCAUCCUGUGGGAGACGGAUGAGCACUACACGGUGCGGCUGAGAGUGGAGAGGAGCAAAGUUGUGGGCGUGCCUGCAAGGGAGAAGGCUGACCCAGCAGAGGACAGCCCUCAGCAAGGCAAUAAGAAGCGUGGCAAGAUGGAGAAUAGCCGAUUAAUUUGGAAGCAGGAGAAGCGGGUGAGACACCUCCAGCAAGUGCUGCUGAGGGGCAGCUCAAUCGUCCUUGUCAGCCUGGUGCCUGUGGAGCCUAACCAUUGA